ACGAUGCCAAUGCCGCGUGCCGUACAGCCAUACAAAAUUUAGAUACAUUCCCACUCACUUCCCACUCUCUCUCUCUCUCCCUCUCUCUCUCUCCAGCUAAAAGCAAAACAAUUUUGUUUUCCGAAAGAAAAAGAAUCCGCAGAUCUAAGAUCCAAAGCCAUUGCCGCUGAUCAAAUCCCCAGUGUGCUGCUCUCGUUCGUCGAUCUGAAUCUGAGUAAUUUUCGGAUUCGUUUCCUUUUAAAGAAGCAGCAUUCAUGUCGAGGAGGGCGGUGGGAUCCACGCGCCGCAAUGGGAGCUUUCCGUUUUCCGGAGCCUUCAAUUCUAAAUCGAAGUCGUCGCCUUUGUUAUCCAUUGGCCUUGUAGUCGUGGGAGCCAUUCUUCUUAUCGGCUAUGUUUACAAGGGUUCAGGUGUCCGCGGGGGUGCCAACAUAGUUAGUAGGAUUGAAGGUGACUUAUCAUGCACGCUAGAAGUUCAUAGAGCAAUACCUUUCCUAAAGAAAGCGUAUAGUGGCAGCAUGCACAAAGUUUUGCAUAUUGGCCCGGAUACUUGUUCAGUUGUAUCCGCAUUGUUGAAAGAUGAGGAAAUAGAAGCAUGGGGUGUGGAACCAUAUGAGAUAGAGGAUGCUGAUAGGACUUGCAGGAGUCUUGUGCACAAAGGCAUUGUGAGGGUGGCCGAUAUAAAGUUCCCUCUACCUUAUAAAGCAAAGUCUUUUUCUCUUGUGAUUGUGUCAGAUGCUUUAGAUUACCUUUCUCCAAAAUAUCUGAACAGGACUCUUCCAGAAUUGGCAAGGGUGUCUUCUGAUGGUCUUGUUAUUUUUGCAGGUUUCCCUGGACAACAGAAAGCAAAGGUUUCUGAGCUAUCCAAAUUCGGACGUCCAGCCAAAAUGCGGAGCUCCUCUUGGUGGAUACGCUAUUUUGUCCAGACCAGCUUAGAAGAAAACGAAGCUGCCACCAAGAAGUUCGAGCAGGCCACAUCAAAGGAAUCGUACCAGCCAAGCUGCCAAGUGUUUCACCUUAACUCAUACCACUAAUACAUAUCAUAGCAUCAUUUAUUCGUAAGUUUUGGUAUGCAACAUUGGCGGAUAAAGGGAAAAUUUGUUUUUGCUGUCGUAUAAAAACAACCCCUGUACUGGGUUAAUUUUUAUUUUUUAUUUUUAUAAGACACGUCGUUAAGGACAUCAACUUUUGUUGUGAAGGAUACAGUCACUAUUGAUUGACAUAGUUGACUGAACGCAUAGGGUGAUUGAUUUCCGUA